AUGGAGACUACUGAGCAACUCGACGAUGAAAUCAGCGACCUACAUACCCGGAUAGCGACACUAAAAGCUCACCGCGCAAAUUUAUCUUCCGUUCUCCUGUCACAACCCCACCUCGCAGCGCGUCUUCAAAGUAGCGGUACGCACAACAAAUCCGCGGAUCAUGUUGAUCAAAUCAUCACACAGCAGUCGAAACGCAACCUCGAGAAUGCCUACCGCGCCUGCGCUGGCGUCACUGCAUACAAAGUCAAAGAUCCUGACCCACAUGCGCUGAAUGAUGGCAACAUUCUUGGCGUCAGCAUAGAUGUAUCACUCGGAGGUAGAUUCGUCGAGACAUACCAUGUCUUGCUGAGCGUCAGACAAAAGGAUAACAAGAGGAUUCUGAGAAUAAACAAGCACACUAUUCCACCAUGCAUACCUCUGCAGCAAUUGUCCGACAAGUGGCUACCUGCAGGUGGCAAAGACGAAGAGAACGAUCCAGAACAGGACCUAGUGCAGUUUGGAAGACUGCUGAGGAAGGAACUGGUGAGCUGGCACUUGCGGGUAAACGCUGUGGAAGAGUUACAGAAGGAGGCUGGUUUAGCAAAAUCACGACCGGAUAGUGAAACCGAGGGCUUUGCAUCAACUGGGAGAGUUCUGAACGCUUUCGUGAGCGACGAUGAGACGAGUUCAGAUGUCGAGGAAGCCGACGGUGAGACCGACAGCGCACGUAUACUGGACAUCGAAGCCGAUGCUGCGGUCAGGCAGAUCACUGUUGUUUGGUCCAACAGACGGACAGCAGUCAUGUCCAUCACCAAAGAUGGUAGAGUUGAGAGGGCCGUGUGUAGAACCAAAGACGGAGCUCGAGAUGAUGUUUUCAGCAGGAAGGCCAUGGGUCCCAUAAGUGGCUUGGUCCGCAGAUUACGGGCAUGA